AUGGCCUGUUCUGCUUCUGUCUGUGUCUGUGCUCAAAAGUCCACUUGUUCUUGUGGCAAGAAGCCUGCUUUGGAAUGUGUCUGUUCCAAGGCCGCUGUUGAAAAUGCCGUCCCUGCUGCUUCAGCCGCAUGUGCUUGUGGCAAGAGAACCAAAGCCAACUGCAACUGUGGCGCCCACGCUGUUUGUGAUGGUUCCAGAGAAGGCGAGGUCGACUUCACCAACCUCAAGUAA